AUGGAUCUCCCGGCGGAACCCCGGUGGAUGAUGCAUGCUCAUCAUUCAGCCUUAGUGGGUACCCCCGAUUCAAUGCUUCCUCAUGCUGGUUUAGGGCAUCGUGUCUCGGGAUAUAUGGAGCCAGGAGCCCCGUUAUUACCACCAGAUGAGGUGGAUGUAUUUCUCAGUCAUUUGGACUCUCAAGGAAACCCCUAUUAUCACUCACAUGGAGCCCACUCUUACACUCGUGCACGAAUGUCUUACAGUCAAACGCAUGCUCGGCUUACGGGUGGCUCAAUGUGUCGGCCCCACCUUAUCCACUCUCAAGAACUUUCGUUAUUGGAGAACAGCAAGUCGAUCCUGUCAGUGGCCCAACACCACAACAAAUGGGCAGUCAGCCACCAGGGUAAAGCGGCUGUUCAUUCAGCAGUUGAUGAAAACUCAAAUGGCCUGUACACGGGCACCGGUUCUUCUGCCCCAGGUUCGAUGCAUUGCCUGUCAAUGACACAACACUGCAGUCCUCAGCUCUACUGCCUACCUCCUACUCCACCCAAGGACGCUUCCCUGGACCCCGCGUGCGCUGCUUCUGUAAUGGACACUGGGAAAUACCAUAUGCAGCUCGUCGACGGAAUGAAAAUGGAGUGUUCUAGUCCAGUCAGUAGUAAUCUGGCGCAGACUACGACAAAUAUAGGCCUACUUUCAUAUUCCGAUUAUGCUUUUGCAGGAGCGCAGGACUUCUCCGGCAAUGUGUUUCAUUCCAGAAGACUGGUCGGGAGCAGCGCGAGAAACAUGACGUCAAAAUGCAAAAGCCGCGCUUUUUCAGGGCGUGAAUGCGUGAAUUGUGGAGCAACAUCAACUCCUCUGUGGCGAAGGGAUGGAACAGGUCAUUAUCUGUGUAAUGCAUGUGGACUCUAUCACAAGAUGAAUGGCCUGAACCGACCACUCAUCAGACCCAAGAGGCGACUGUCUGCAUCUAGGCGAGCAGGCACCUGCUGUGCCAACUGCCAGACAGGCACGACCACACUUUGGAGACGUAAUGCCAGUGGAGAACCUGUUUGUAAUGCCUGUGGACUGUACUACAAACUACACAACAUGAACCGGCCCCUUACUAUGAAGAAAGAUGGGAUUCGGACCCGCAAUAGGAAAAUGUCUAGCAAACCUAAGAAGAGAGUGGAAAAAUGUCCACAGUUUGACAGUUGUGUACAGGAUAAACAAUCCACCUUUAGCCACAUGGCCACCAUGUCCCACUCCUUUAAUAUGACCCCACCCAUACAACUACAUUCUGCAUUCAGUCACACCAGCUUAGUCACUGCUAUAGGCUGAGAAAAGAUACUAUCCUUAAUGCACACAUAUUAAAGGGAUAGUUUACCCAAAAUUGAAAAUUCUCUCAUCAUUUACUCACCCUC